UUGUACUGCAGAGUCAUUAUAGCAUCAUGUUUUCAUGGGGAGAGGACUGGCAGCAGGGCUUUCGCUUGAAAAGACCCUCAAAUAUUUCAACUGCUGAUGGAGUACGCUGUUUAAACCUCAGUUUUCAAGUCACAGAUCUUUCAGCAGGUCACAGACUGCUUGCCUUCAUUAAAAGAAAUGGGGAUGCUUACAUCAUUCACACAGUUGAGAGCCAAGAUGAGGGAAGAGUGAGAGGGAAACAGAAGAUUGUGAAAUGCGAAGAGAAGAUUGAGGCUGUGAGUUGUGGUGAAGAUGUGGUGAGGAUUCUGUCUGAAAGUGGCAUCGUUUUUUGUGUGGAUCAAGCUCGCCCUCCUUUCAGUCCCAGCACACCAGAAGCAUUGCGCAACAAACAGGUGUCUCAGGUGACUUGUGGGAGCCAGCAUACAGUCGUUCUGACAAAAGAUGGUCAGUUGUAUACUUGGGGCCAGGACUCCAGGGGGCAGCUGGGUCUGGGCACAAACGAGCCAUACGUGAAUUCACCCCAGCAUGUCAGAUCUUUGUCAGCGAUCCCAGUGGUCCAGGUCGCUGCAGGUGGAGAGCAGAGCUUCGCCCUCUCUGUCUCUGGAGGAGUGUUUAGCUGGGGCAGAAAUGACUGUGGACAGCUUGGACUGGGUGACACACAAGACAGACAUACACCGACUCUGGUUCAUUACCUAAACAUGAAGAAAACUGUUUCCAUUUCCUGUGGAAAGGACCACACUGCCGCUCUGACAAAGGACGGUGCAGUGUUUACAUUUGGCUCUGGUCAAUAUGGACAGCUUGGCCACAACUCGUUACAAAAUGAACAGCGUCCUCGUCUUGUUGCAGAGCUCUGGGGGGCAAAGGUCACAAAGGUUGCAUGUGGGAGCUAUCACACACUGGUACUGACAGAAUCCAAGAAGGUGUACUCGUUUGGGUGUAAUGAACAAGGGCAGCUGGGACGUGGAGAAGAGACUCAGGCAUUCGUGCCACUACCUGUGCAACUGCCACAUGACAUUUCUAACAUCUAUGCAGGAGGAAACACUUCAUUUGCAACAUGCACACCUAAUGAGGGCGCUGAUAACGAGUCAGGCAGUGGCACAAAGAACAACGUGACAGAACACUCUAUCGAUAACAUGAUUGCUGCUACCAUGCAACGACUCCCCGAUGAAAGCGUCCAGAUUUUAGGGGAAUGGUGGUCCUCACUGUCACCCUCCGACAUGAUCAGAUAUGUUCAGACCAAUGAGAUAAAGAAGAAAAUCCCAGAAACAACUUUUUGCCUUGAGCUUAACCAGAUGUUUCUAACGGAGGAUCUCAAACGUUGGCGAGCAAAGUCAAAACUCAAGAAUGCAGAUGAUCUGCCUGUGAUUCUUUGCAAGUACCCAUUUGUGAUGGAUCUGAAAUCAAAGAAAAUGGUUUUUGACAUGAACUCUGCAAUCACUCAGAAUGAACAGCAGGCGCCUCCACAGAUGGUUUUUGUUUUUCCUCACGGAUGGAUUCCCCAGUCAAAACCCGAAUUUUUUAAACUGCAGCUGCAGCGCGCAUCACUUUUCGAAAGCACCUUCAGAGAGCUGGCAGCUGCUCCUCACAGCGACUUCAAGAAGCCACUUGUGGUCCAUUUUGAUGAGGACCCAAAGGUCACACAGGUAUACAGACAAGACCUUUUUCACCACCUGUUUUGUAAAAUGGUGUCAGAAGAAUCUGGGAUGUUCAUGCUCAAUGACUCCAAAACCCUGGCAUGGUUUCCCUCCAAUGCAACAGAGGAGAGCAAGAGAAACUUCUUCCUGUUUGGACUACUGUGUGGCUUGGCCUUGUACAACCAGUGUAUCAUACACUUACAGUUCCCACUGGUUCUGUUCAAGAAGCUACUCAAUUUAGAGCCGACACUGGAGGAUAUGAUGGAGUUCAGCCCGACUGAUGGACGGAUUCUGCAGACUAUCUUAAACUAUGAAGAUGAUGUUGUGGAUAACCUCUGCAUGGAGUUUUGGAUAAUCUGGGAUGGGAUAAAAGUUUACCUGGAUCCUCAAACUCCUGGAAAGCCACUGACAAGUCAAAAUAAGAAGGAGUUUGUGGAGGCCUGUGUGAAUCAUGCCUUCAACACAUCAGUGGAGAGUGUGUUCCAGGAGUUCAAGCGAGGCUUCUUCCUGGUGUGUGACCAGGAUUUGGUGAGGCUGUUUCGACCACAGGAGCUGCAGGGAGUGCUGGUCGGCCAGGACGUGUAUGACUGGGAAAAGUUUAAACAGAACACAAGUUAUGGUGGGAAAUAUCAUGACCGCCACCCCACCAUACAGAUGUUUUGGGAGGUAUUUGAUGAACUAACUGAAGAGCAGAGGAAAGAUUUCCUUCGGUUCCUGACUGGUUAUAGACGAGCUCCGAUUCUUGGCAUGGACCAGGUCCACAUGAAGGUUCGGGAUAAGCAAAUUCAGAGCGGCACCUGUGAUCAGCACUUCCCUGAGGCCCUGACAUGUCACUCUAUUCUGGAUCUGCCUUUUUACUCAACCAAGGAGAUCAUGCGAGACAGACUGACAGAGGCCCUGCUAGCAGAUACAGAAUUCAUACUGUGAUGGUGGAUCAUAUGCAGCUCUAAAGGACUGUGCCUGUGCUGAGGAGGAGGGAUGGGAUUUAUUUUUACUCUGGGAACUCAUCUUUUUUUUCCUGUGGUACCUCAGGAUAAUUUAGACUGUGUAUUACACUAAUAUAUCACUAUAGAAAAUGCACAACUUGACUUUGUAAGAGUUAUCUUUUUAAAACAAAUUCAACAUCCCUACAUAAGACAGCUGUUUAACAACAUCAGCAUCAUAAGGCACUUUAGAAUUAUCUGACUUUUCUUAAUAUGUCAUAAUUUAUCCAAUAAUUUAAGUUACUGCUGUAUUAUAAUUCUUAUGAACCAAAUCAAAUUUUUAUGCUCAGACAAACAUGAACAGGAUAAUUUAUUACUUUACAACUACUAUAUUGUUAUAAACAUCUGACUAUGUAAUACAAUCCAAUACAGCACUUCUGUAUUAUUUAUCACUUUAUUCUUUGUGUUUUGUUUAAUUCUAGUGGGGUUGAAUUAUUUCCAAUAAUAAAUGUUUAACAUAUGUAACAUUGGU